CGCCGGAUACAUGCGGCGCCACCUGCUGCACCACCACAUGCACACCGCCGGUCACAUGUCGGAGUCGAUCGUGAUCAACCAGCCGCGGAUCAGCAAACUCGAAGAUAAUGAAAUAAAAACGCAACCCGUCAUCGUCCGGGACAAAAAGCGAGACGAGAAACUAAUGGAAACCAUUUACGAAUCUGCCGAUGUUUUAGAGCUCGAAUCUACAGAGAAAGUUGUGGAACUGGAAGGCGACGACAAUACAACCAAAUACAUUAUAAGUACGGAUAAGAAGUUCAUGAUGUCUGACGGAAAAUCCUUGAAUUUGGUGCCUGAAGUGGAGGGUGAAGAGACGGCCUUGCUAACUAUACAUAAUUUGGAAGGUGUCGAAAAAAUAGAAGGAACUGUGUUGGAGAAUAUCACGGCAGAGCAACUCGAACAAGCCCACAUAUUAAGCGACGGGAACAACACGGUUCGCUUGAUUCAAAUACAAUUAGCGGAUGGAAACAGCGGUUGGGUGGCUGUCAGUCAAUAGACAAACAUACGGACAAUUUAUGUAGUUUUAAAUGCAUUUUAACAUGUAACUAAUAACGUAAUAUGUCUCAUGAAGUACGCAGUACGAUUUUAUUUAAAAAUAAUAAGCAAUAAUAUAAUGUAAUCAAAAUUACUAUAACUUUGCGUUUUAAAUUAUUGAAUUUGUGUAAAUAAUGAAAUCAAUUUGUUUGUCAUGUAUCUGUCAAAAAGAUUAACGGCAUUUUACAAUUGUUACAGCUACAAUAUAAUAUGGUUAGUUUUAUAAGUUAGUGUAAAUAAAGUUAAGUAUAUUUUUACGAUAUUGUGAUUUUUGCGUCAUGUCAUAGCAUGGCCGCUCACGUUCUCUUCUCAAUAAUGGUAUUUA